UAUUCAAUGCUCAGCACAACCAUCAGUUCUUCGUGCCUUGUACACUAACUAACCACACACCUUUCUCAUCAUGAAAUUCUUCGCUGCUUUGAUUGCCUUCGCCGCUGUUGUCUGCGUUGUUUUGGCCGAUAAAAUGGACAAGAACAAGGACGGUAUGGUAGCAUCUAGCUAUGGUGCUGCUGCCCCCAGCUAUGGUGGUGCUUCAUACUCAGCUCCACCAUGCCCCAAGAACUACCUUUUCAGCUGUCAACCAAACUUGGCUCCAGUUCCAUGUGCCGCUGGUGGAUAUGCCGGAGCUUACUCCGAGCAAGUUCCACAAUACUUGCUGCCACAAAACGCUUACCAACAAUACAAUCAACAAUACUGAGGAUAAACUUUAACUGCUAUCAACAGCAUUGUUUUGGGCUACUGGAAACUAUUAUAAGCUGGACUUUGUUAGCUGUUUGUUUUGGCUUUAUUGUUAUAAAAUAAAAACGCAAUGAUUUUGAAUGGAUACAAAAAAAUAUUAGUUUUUCC